AUGCCCGAUCCAUCUGCGUCGGACCAAUCGCGCUUCACGGCGUACGCGAGCAGGUAUCUUGCGGAUCCUGACCCUUCGAGUGGCAAUGCUGUAACGCCAGUCGCACACGACGGCGACAGACCAACCCCGUCUUCAGUGUCGCACGACCCUUUUCUGGCCUCUCCCAGCGCUUCGAAGAACGGACCCCGCCUCCACGAAUCGGCUACAUCACAUUCGACACCUUCCCGGUCAUCGACGCCGCCGUUCCCAGGCCCCGGCAUCGACGGCAUCCCGUCUAUCACUGAUGACACCUCGAGCUCAGCAGGUGGUUUGCUAUUUGAUGGUACUCUGAGUGGUGGGACAGCCACAGAUCAUGGGACACAUCGCGCUGUGCCCGACCCGUAUGGACCUUCCUCAGACAGUGAAGGCGAGAUAGAAGCCGAUCUCGAUCGUGUCGCCGCCAUGCGCCGCUCGUUGAGAGGCGGAGCAUCGGCAGCCCCAGGGCAGGCUGGCAAAGGGAAAAGGGGCUGGCUGGCUUAUCAGAGCGUGUUCCCCUCGUCCUCCUCCAGUGAAUCAUCUCAAAACUCGAAGGAUUCUGACCCCGAGGAGGAUGAUAGCUUUGGCUACGAACGCGCCCCGCAAGGCUACCAUGUCGGCGCUGUUCCACAGCUCGAUGGUGAUCGCUCUGCCUUGGAAGAGCCUUUGCUGGGGGCCGACGAUGUCGCUCAUUUGACAACCCGAGUACCAGUACGAUUACAAGUAUACAGGGGUCGGUUUGGACAUUGGGAACGAGAGGGGCUCCGGAAGUACCGAGGCUCCAACGAAACCAAAGCGGCCACCACCCUCGAUCUUGCCGCUUAUGCCGCUACUUCUGACUCUGCUUAUUCCAGCUAUCGCUAUGCCCCCAGCAUUCCUUUUCCUCCUGAGCAAGACACUUUCGACCCAACUCCUGCUGCGCCACCCGCCUCUUCUCAUCAUGACGCCUCUCCUCCUGGCAACAUUUGCGGUUGCGUCUAUACCGUUUAUGACCUUGCUAAUUCGCCUGGGGACAAUCGGUUACUGGAGACAUCCGUGCGUGCAUCAUUGAGCAAAACUGAUGUCAGACGCGAGAACACUUGGGUUUUCCAUCUCCGCCCGUAUGCUGGCUGGCUAAUGCUCCUCGUAACAGCAGUCUGGGUUUGGUCCUGGGGUGUCAUUCGUGGUGUGGGUCGGGUGGCCGUGGCGGCCGUUGUUGGCGAAUGCGAGAGCUUCUACGAUCCCCUCGAGAUCACCACUGCUGCUGCUCAUCGAGCCACGGGUACCUCCCUGGGCAGCAUUUGCCUAGGAUCCCUCAUUGUAGCGUCUUCAAUGGCUAUGCCCUCGUCUAUGUGGGCAUCACUGGGGAAGCCUUUUGGCCCAGCGCUCGUCGGGCGGUGGGGCUUGCCAGUCGCCGACGAAGCGGCCAACUUUUGGAUUCUCUUAUUGACGCUGAGCUCGACGGCGACGGCCCUCUUCACUGCCACAGCCGGCUACCUCUACAUGGCACACUCGCUCCAUAACCCGACCUAUGCCCCUAUCGCAGCCAUUCUCUGUGGAGGCAUUCCUUUCCUUGCUAUUAGGACAGGCUCGGCGGUGCUCACAGAUGUAUUGACGGCGAGAUCGGUAACAAUCACUCGAUAG